AUGGCUUCAUUCAUCACCACCAUGUCUGUACCCGCUCCUCCUACCCCUGCUCAUUCUUCUGCUGCCUUGGGCGAAUCACCGACCCGAUCCCCUUCCUUGAGUCUCAGCCCCUCAUUCUACCAAACCACCCGUACCUCCCAUAUUCCUGCUUUAGAACCACCAUCCUAUCUGUCGCCAGCGGUGCGCGCUCUCAAACAAGGUUGCCAUGGACUGACGCCUCCCAGUAAUGCACGCACAAGGGCCCCCUUCAAGCCCCGCUCUGCCGCCAAGGGCACCAGCAGCUACCAUUUGAGGCAAUUCGCCGAGGCUACUCUAGGAAGUGGCAGUUUGCGCAAGGCUGUGAAACUCCCAGAAGGCGAAGACUUGAAUGAGUGGCUUGCAGUGAAUGUUGUCGAUUUCUACAACCAGAUCAACCUCCUUUACGGCUCCUUAACUGAAUUCUGCUCACCGACCUCAUGUCCAGAGAUGAAGGCAACUGAUGAAUUCGAGUACUUAUGGCAAGACUCAGAGAACUUCAAGCGACCAACAAAGAUGUCCGCACCAGAGUAUAUUGAGCACCUGAUGACGUGGGUACAAGGCAAUAUCGACAACGAACAGAUGUUCCCGAGUCGAAUCGGCGUUCCUUUCCCCAAGACCUUCCCUAGUCUUCUUCGUCAGAUCUUCAAGCGUCUGUACCGUGUCUACGCCCAUAUCUACUGCCAUCAUUACCCAAUCAUCGUCCACCUUGGACUUGAACCGCACCUUAACACCAGCUUCAAGCACUACGUCUUGUUUAUUGACGAACACAAAUUGGCCAGCGGGAAAGAUUACUGGGGUCCACUGGGAGAUCUGGUGGACAGUAUGCUUCGCAGUGAUUGA